AGUGGCACCGUGCAAGUACCGCAUGGUUGGCUGGCACAUGUGAUAUGUUGAUUAGUUUUUAGUGACUUUAUUCCUACUUAAAUAAAGUAUCGCCCCCUUUUACCUAAGGAACGGGCUCGAGCAGCCCCCGUAUUUAUUACGUGAGUACAACGCGGCAUCGCCCCAGUCGUAUUUUCAUGGAAAAACCGAAAAAUAUGUCCGCCACCUUUCUAACCUUAUUGCGGAUAUCCCGCAAAAAAUGUGCUCAUAAUUUACAAAUAAAUAUAACUUGGAAAGGUGGCGAGAGGAUUUUUUGAUACAUUAGGAUUCGAAAAACUAAUCGUAACUAUAAAAAUAUUCGAAAGCUGUAUCGUCCGUGUCAUUUUAGGCUUAUUUAUUUGGGAAAUCUGUGCGAGCUAACCUCACUUUUGCACGCACCCACUUCUUAUAUUAAUUCACUAGUUAAUUAUGGAUGCCAGCUUCCUUAAUUUUCAUCAAGAGGAAACUUUCCAAGCCUUUCACUCUUCCUCUUAUUAUUUGGAUGACAUUUACGGUGACUUAAGGGAUCAUCAUUAUGAAUGGGAAAGCGAGCGGGAGUUACACAGCGAUGUUGGUGCUACACCAACGAGCGAAGCCACCGGGGAUCUCAGCGAACGUUCAAUUUCUCCUCAACAUCACGAAAUUGAUAAUAUGUUGUUAUUGGAAAAGUGGACUCAACACAUCUCAAGUUUGGAGAUUCCGAACGUUUCGGAUCUCUCAGAAGUUUGUGGCCCUAUUCAAACUGCCGAAGAAGCUCAAGAUGUGUUAAGUAACAAUGUUUUCUGCGAUAAACUCCUUGAUAAGGAUGUGGUGACUUCGUUGGAUUUAAGCGGGAACUUUGAAAAUGUUGAUCCAAUUGGGCAUUUGGCUGAUUCUGAUUUCGACAUCACUAAAUAUGUUAAUGAACCCGAAAAUGUCCCGCAACAACCUGGUGGGAAAAAGAUUGAUAUGAAAAAUGCACGAUACAUUGUUGAGGAGGAUGAUGGUGGACCCGAUUCUGAAGAAGAUGUCGAUGUUGAGACACUUUCAGAAUGUGGAGAUGAUAAUUUGAUUAAUUUAGAGAAAAAAGUUGUGGAAAAUAAAUUAUUAGAGGAAAAUAAUUUAGAUUUUAAGAGAACCGAAGUUACCUCAUUUGAUUUAGAUCCAACGAUAUUGCAAGCGGGCGAUUUGGUUAGUUUAUUAGAGGAGUUUGAGGCUAGCGAAGUAAAAGGGACUGAGAAAAAAGUUAAAAAAGUUGAAAUGACUAAUUCAACUAAUGGAAAGAUAAUUAAAGAUAAAAAGGUUAAAAUUAAAGACAAAGAAAUUCCUAUAAAGCAUAUAAAAGUGAAAAAUAAAAUAGGGAGUACUUGUAAAUUAAUUAAAAUUGAUGAAAAGUUGUGUAAAAAAGAGGUUAUGGCGAAGAAAGAUAAAAAAGUAAAGAAAUUAAGUAUUAAUAAUAACCAAAAAAAGUCAUUAACUAAUCAAUGUAUAGUACAAGGUCAAAAAAUAAGCGUAGAUUCAAUUAAACAUGAAGAAAAAAAAGGGAGGAUAAUAAAAGAAAUUCCAAUAAUAUUACCUGAACACAUAGAAAGAAAACGGGUGAUCAAAAAGGAAGUUAAACAAAAAUCGGAACAAAUUGUAUUAAAAAAAGUCAUUGAAAGAAGCGGUUUAAUCGAGAAAAUUACCCCAAAAAAAAUUAUCGAAGAAAAAAAAUUAGAAAAUAACCUAAAAGUUAAUCAACAAAUUCCAAAUACACAAAUAAUUAAUUCAAUUCGUUUAGAUCACGAUUACUGUUUAUCUAAUAACGUUAAAACGCAUAAUUUAAACCAACAAAACAUAAUAAAUCAACGUUCAAUAUUAAGAAAUCAACCAACGGUGAAAAUGGCCGAUGGGAAAUUAAUGGUGUCGUUAUUAAAAGUGAACACAAUAAAAACAUUAGAUACAAAAAAGAAAUUAAAUUUAGAGGAGUAUAAAAAACGGCGUCAAAAUCGAAUUAAUUUAGUAGAAAAAAAAGUAACUUCCUCAGAAAAUCAAUUUUGGGGCCUUGACCCAUACCCAAAACUUCCAAAAAAUUUAGAAAUGAAAACGUACGUUAGUAUCGGUAUUAAUACCGAUCAAACAUGGGCUAAAGUACAAGAAAUAACGAAAGGAAAUUCGGUUAAUUUUAGUCCUAAUUCAUUGAUUGCCUCAAUGGUGGAAAAUCAUCUUCCGAUAAAAGAAAAACCAGAAACUGAACCUCAUUUAGCUGAAAAUAAAACAAUUGUUUAUUUAGAUAAAAAUCGUCCGAAAAAAGAGACUUGUAAUAAACGGGUUCAAACGGAUAUAAUCCGAAGGCGAUCGAGGUUAUCGUCUUCGUCGUCAUCUUCGCGAUCAUCAUCGAGAUCAUCUUCUAGAUCAUCAUCAUCAAGAUCGCUUUCGCCGACAAAUAGGAAACGGCGAAGAACGAGUUCCGAACGUAUUCGAGAAAUUGAAGAAAGAAGGGUAAUUUAUGUUGGUAGAAUAUCAAAUGGGACGACUCAAGAAGAUUUGCGACGUAGAUUCUUUAAAUUUGGUCCUAUUAAUUAUGUUAGCGUGCAUUUUCGGAGAUCCGGAGAUAAUUAUGGUUUCGUUACGUUUCGUUAUAAGGAGGAUGCUUACGAAGCUGUCGAACAUGGUAACGAUGAUUGCAGUUUGCCGCGCUACGAUUUGAGUUUUGGUGGUAGAAGAGUCUUUUGUAAAACGAGUUAUGCGGAUUUAGACAAUAUGCGUGAUGAUUAUAUUGAUCAUCAUCCUCGCGAUGAUGAAUGUGGUACGGGAACUUUUGAAGAUUUGCUUAGAGAUUUUCAAGCGAAAGUUCGUAGUAAAAAAAUUCGUAGUUCUUGAUGCCGGGACGGUACUGCACCUCUACUGGGCUGUGCUAAUUCUAAUUACGGGUGUCUAGUACCGCUUUAAUAACAACGACUAAAAUUACAUAGAAUUUCAAGAUUACAUUAUUUUCUUUGGUUCAAUUUAAAAUUUUGUUUAAUUUUCAUGUUUUCUUUUUACAGCAUUUCUCUUCAAAAUAACUUAGUCAAUUAUUUAAUGUUUUUUUUAUUUUUUAAUACUUGUCAAUACAAUUUAUUAAUUACCUUAUAUUCCUUUCAAGACUUGUCAUGAUGCGAUUAGCUAUUUGUACGUGUUAUGAUGCGCUCCAUGUGAUGCGUCAAUAAAAUUUUUUACACGUUUAAAAUAAA